AUCAUUCCGGGAGGCGCUUAUCCCCCAAAAUCCCCUGUAGAUGUCCUAACGCUUUUGAGAAAUAGAAAUUCGGCGUACAAUGUAUUCAGUAGCAGUACCUAAUCGCGACAUCAUCGUGGAAGUUACAUAUAUUUUGACGUUGUUUAUAAAUCCCGAUAAAAAGAUUUCUCGCUGCUGAUAAUGAGCUCUGGCGAUCGUGUUGUACUCCGACGAAAGUCUUAAUCAGUAAUUCAGCGGCAGUUUUAACGAAAACGUACGAUUUAGGAUCUAUAUUUGAUUAACCUCGUAAAUCACAUUGAUCUGUAUCCUUCGAUCAUCCACGUUAACGCGAUCGAUCGUAUUUUAGUUACAUUUGUGAUUAUUAUUAUUGUGAUUAUUAUUUGGGCUUCGAGAAAUUCGUGCCUGAAAAAGGAUACGAGCAUUCGAUUUUCUACAAAUCCGUCGAACUUCGGUUAACGCGUAAAUCGUACCGAUUCAGCGUGAAGAAAUAUUUCCGUGAAAAAUACGAAGAGAAACGAUCGUAAAAAAAACAAGCGGAAUCAAUUUUUGCAUUCCGCUUUAUGAAUAACUAUGAUUACAAACGACAAAAUCGUUCAGAUAUCGACGUGGGAAAUCACUAAAUUACAUUUCUUAUCAUUUGUGUACGGUUUAUACCUAAUAGUGAGACGGUUCCUUAAAUGGGCUUGGGACCCGAAAAAGUUCUUCAUGAUGCAACAGCGGGAUAAACCUCCGCCCUGUCUAGUGGACAACAACUUGGGAACGCAUUCUUACAUUAAAAUCAAGGGUGUAAAAUUCCAUUAUGUGGAAGCUGGAAAUGUAGAUAAACCACUGAUUUUGCUACUGCAUGGAUUCCCUGAUUGCUGGUUGUCUUGGAGAGAACAAAUACCUUGCCUUGCCGAACAUUUUAGGGUAGUAGCAAUAGACUUGAAAGGAUUUGGUGACAGUGAUAAACCAUCAACCAAACGUUCCUAUAGACUAGAAGUUUUAGUUGAAGAGCUAAAACAAUUUAUUUUAUCGCUUGGAGUGAAGCAGUGCAGUAUAAUUGGACAUGACUUGGGUGGACUACUAGGAUGGUACAUGGUAGCCUUAUAUGGGGAAAUGAUCUACAAAUUUAUUGCAAUUUCAUGUCCCCAUCCUAAUUUGUACUGGAACAGAUUGCCUGGAGAUUCUGUAUUUGACUCAAAAUGGAUACAUUUCAGUAGAUUGCCAUUCCUUCCAGAAAUUGAUGCACUUAAAGAAGAUUUAUCUAUUAUAAAUGAUACAUUCAAACAUCUUCAAGUAAAGCAAACAAGCACUGAAAAAAAUUAUGUAGAAGCGUAUAAAUAUGCAUUUAGUAGGAGAGAGGAUUGGACGGGUGCAAUUAACUAUUACAGAAAUCUUCCUUUCAUUAGGCUCAACACAGAGUCUAAUGAGCCAAUCUCAACCAAGAUGUUGCAUAUCAUUGGAAACAUAGAUCCUCUUGUAUCAAUAGAGAACAUUCUACAAAGUUCUGAAUAUGUUGAAAAAUUCAAUGUGAAGGUUGUUUUUGGAGCACAACACUUUCCGCACCAACAAAAGCCAGAAGUAGUAAACAAAGCAAUCUUAAAGUUUUUUAUAGGUACAGUACAUACUGUAGAAAAAACGCCGUCUAAAAGUAUCAUGACCUCGUGGUUGGGAUCUUUAAGUAAUACUAUGAAGUAUGGUAAUCAUAUGAUUGAUACUGUACAGAAAAAAACUACGGAUGUAGUCAAUGGUUUACCUAGUAAAGUAUUUUACAUGAGUCAUACUACAAACUGAUAUUUUAGAAAAAGUAAUUCAGGAUACUCGGUCUUUUAUUUCUAUAUAUUAAUAACUUCGUCGCUUGCAACAUUUACGUGACAAUACCGAACGUUUACUACAAAGUUUCAGGUAAUUUGCAGUUCAUUGUUUCUGGUAAAAAGAAACAUAAUGCAGCACCAAGUAAAGGUCCAAUGCCAAAUAUUACAGGUGGCAACCAGGGUUCGAUUUUUCCCUAAGAAUAAGUAAUAUAAUCAGUCAGAUAAAUGACACAUAUUAAAAACGCACUGAAAACAUUACCAUAGUAGCUAUAUAUGGUGCAAUCAUGCUUCCAGUUCUUGCACAAACACUUCCCAAUCCGAUGCCAACGUUCCUAAUUACCGUAGGGAACACUUCGCUACUAUAUAGGUAUACGGUCGGAAAACUAAUCGCCAUUCCUGCAAGUCCCAAAGUAGCUAAACAUACUGUUAAAGUAGAAUUUGAUAUUACAGUAAUUAAGAUCAAGCUUAUGCCUGACAAAAUAUUGCCACUUAUCAAAAUUUUUAAGCGUGAUACACGUGAUAUCAAGAAAAGGACUAUCAUAGUUCCGGGCAAUUCAAUGGCAGCUAGAAAAAGUGCAUAUUUCUUAAAUUAAUAAUUUCUUCUGACUUGAUGGGAAUUCACUUUUUCUAAAUAGGAAAUUUACCUGACACAGCAACAUUCACAAAAAUGUUGCCAUCAAGGUAACCCAUGUACUGUGCCAAUCCAAAGAAACAGCUACCACAAACAAACCAAUUAACACAUAUACAAACUGUCUUCGUUCUUAAAUUUGGAGUUCUAAACAAAUGUGUAAUAUUAUAUUUCUCUUCAAUCUUUUCGUGAUUAAUUCUUGCACUAGCUUCAUAUGUUUCAAUUGCUGUUUUAACAUUUUCUGUAGGUAUUUUAUUUCUGUUAGCUGCUUUAACCAAGAUUUCUUCUGCUUGUGAUAGUUUACCAACAGCAAGUAACCAUCUUGGUGAUUCAGGGAUAAUCCUAAGUCGAAUGAAAACCGCUAAAGAUAAUCUGAUUUUAUAGCAAGUGAUAAUACAAUCAAUGCUGCAUACCAGUAGUAAGAUAAUAAGAAGAUUGAUGGUAUAGAAACUGCCAUUUGGAAUCCGUCCCAUGUGUGCGUUAAAUAUGAAAUUAAAGGGUUCAUUAAAUGACCCAACAAAAAUGGCACAUGAAAUAGUACCGACAUAAUUGAGCGCCAUUCAACUCCUACAAUCUCCAUGACUGUAAAUUCAUUCAAAACUAUAUUUUAAAAUAUGUGAAAGGUAAUGGCAAAUACUCCUGCAAUGUAUAUUCUUUACUUACGCAAAACAAAGCUAACGAGCAUAGUACCGCCGGUAGCUACAGCAGAGAUAAAUUUGAAUAUUAAAAAUAAUUCAUACCAAGGAACAAAUGCACUGAUAAACCCAGUUAACGAUUGCAAUCCUAGUGCGAUCAUCAACGGUUUCUUUCUGCCGAUUCUGGAAACAAAUUUUCAUGCACUAUUCACGUGUACAGUUUUAUAAUAGCAAAAAACCUACCGAUCGGCCAUUAUACUGAAGACUAAGUUACCAACGAGCACCCCAAACAUUGUGCAAGUUUGUACAAAGUUUGCUAGUUGUUCUCUAUCGCAGACUAAGUCCCACUGAAAACAAAAAAUUUAAUUCGUCGACCUAUAAAAUUCAGACAAUAUAAAACAGCAACAUUUUAACUCACUUGAGUUAUAAUGCUCUCUUUAAAUAUGCGUUUGUCAUAUUUAAAGCUUGUACACUUUUCCAUUGUACCACUUCCAGUUUCUACGUAGCACUUCAUUAUUGUAGAUUCAUUAGUUGCUGAUAUUGGUGCAGCACAUGAAAAAUUAGUUGGAGGUGCAAGAAAUACUAUGGACAAUUGAUGCCAGGCAACUGGAAAUUUUACAAGAGAAAGUGCUACUGCUAUCACAAUAUGCCAUGGGCCCAUCACGCCCAUUGCAUUUUGUAUGACGUCCACGAAUGCAUGUUCUGAAAUAAUUUUUAAUUAGUAUAAAAUUUAUAUUGAAUUCCGAUGAAUUUAAAUAAUAUUAAUGAAUUAACUGCUUUCUUGCAAUCAUCGUCGGCUGUUAUCGAAACAAUAAUAAAAAAUAUAUACAUAAAUGCUUUCAAUAUGUAAUAUAUUAUUGUUAUAAAAAUCGUAUUUGCGAAUAAUUGCUUAUGUUUAUUCAGUCUUCAAAAAAAUACGCGAUCUCCUGAGUUGUUAAUAAUAUUCUUAAUAUUGUGAAAGUGUAAUGUUUUUAGUAACCAUGGGAGAAUUAUGACUUAACAUAAAUAUAUUUUUAUACAAAGUAA